UCGCGAGCUGCUACCCGAUGGGCCAACCCCAGCCGCACUACGCAACCCGGGGAUCCAACGCCGCUUCGAGUCGGGGCGCUUUGCCCAGCACCCGGCGUCGCUCCAUCCCUUCACGGCGAGGUUCGCGAGGUGCAUGCCCUGCACGCCGAGGUGCGACACGCUCUCACGCUCCUCACUUCGGCGCACGGCCUUGAGCUGCUGCUGAUGGUCCUCGUCACCUUCUCGGCCGCCACUACUAGCCUAUACAUCUGGCGCACCGACAGGGACGAAUGCUCCGGGAUGGCGCUUGCCUGGUCCGGGCUCGUGGCGCUGUUCCUCUUCGGCGUGCUCACGGCGGGAGAGCUGGUCAAGCGGGAGUCGCGGUGUACCAUGGAGCUGACUCAAAGGCUCCUAAUUUAUCACGAGAUGAGCCCGGAACUUCGGUGGGAGAUGCGUAGAUUUUCUCACCAGCUGUUGCACCAAGGGUUGAAAGUAUCAGCGUACGGUUUCCUGUCUUUGGACUACACCAUGUUACAAGGGAUGAUCGGCUCGGUGACGACCUACCUCAUCAUGGUCAUCCAGCUGUCCCCGGAGGACCCUGCCGCCGCCCCCGCUGAAGAUCGCGGGCGCGGCAACGCCACCGGCUCCCCCUAGUGUCGUCGGGAGCACCACCACCACCAUCCCACCCCCGGGUCCGCUGCUGGUCGAAGCAUUAGGAGAACUUUACGCUCUUGCCGCAUUGGUCCACCGACUUGCCAAAGCGCUUGACUUUGUACGAUGAACUCGGCAUCGUCCACGGAAGUGUUUCGAUCUGCCCCCGCCACCCGCACCCGCCGCCGCCUUGGCGCUGGCCGGCAGAGUGGCUGUCAAACAAGCGGCUUAACCAGGGGGUCGGGAAUAGACUCGCUGCGCCCAGCUUAUUGGGUGCACCCUCCGCACG